AUGGCGGAUCCGCAGUUAACGUCUCUGCCGGACUCGAUGUCUCCCUCGGAGGAAGAGGACCAGGAGCUAGAGGAGGCCUUGACAUACCAACGCAGGAGCAAGGUUCUCCCUCCACGGCAGACAGAGCCACGGCAAAUAGAACCACCCCUGGUCACCAAAAGUGAUCUGACCUGUUAAGCAGAGCUUAACCCCUUAAGGACCAAACUUCUGGAAUAAAAGGGAAUCAUGACAUGCCACACAUGUCAUGUUUCCUUAAGGGGUUAAGGCCUUCUUCGCCUCCAAGAUGGCAGUACUUAAGGAAGACCUGAAUGCACUGACUGGGCGCAUACGAGCCACUGAGGAAGAUGUCCAUAAUCGACUAAUCAAACCAGAUUCUACCGUGGCACAAGUAGCGUUCAUUUUGAGCACAUGUGCACAACUAAGUGCCAAGAUCAGGCAAUUAGAAGGUGAAAAGGGUCCCUGA